AUGAGUCUCAAUUGCCUUACAUGCCAAGCCCAGAGAAAGGAAGAUACAGAAUUAGACUAUGGCUGUAUUGAUGAAGAAGGGCCUCGCAGUUUGUGUUGUGUCCUGGUAGAUAGGAACUGGUCAGGCCCCUUGGUCACGCCACCCGCGCCUACCACACCAUACUAUGAGCACAGAUCUAGAAGUGGGCCUCUUGGGCUUCGCAAGAAGAAGGCGAAGAAGGGCCACCGCCGGCUGUGGGGCACUACGGCCUCUUCCUUAGGUGAGAAGCCGAUUGCGGGCUCGGGGGAGGCGAGGCUGGUGCGGAGUAGCGGGAUGAGGAGGGAUUGGAGCUUUGAGGAUCUGAGAAAGAUGAGGGAUGGGAAGAGCAAGAACAGGAGAUGA